AAUUUACUAUUAAAUUACUUGACACAUGAAAAAUCAACUUCAAUUACUUGACAUACAUGCAACGCAACCCUAAACUUUAUAUAAUCUAAUAUUUAUAUUGGAUUGGAUGGAUGGUGAAGUUUUGUGUAAGAGGAAGGGCAUGAAUGCAAAGACCACUACCCACCCAUAAUGAGUGAAUGAUGCUCAUUACCCAAUCAAUCUCCUAAAACAAUGACAGCCGCACGUUAAACAAAUCCAUGAUGUAAACAGGAGUAAGAUUUUAGUUUGGGGUUGGAGGGCUGGCUAAUAAGAGAAAGAGAAUGGGUCCCACCCCAGUCCAGUCUAGUCCAAUCGCACCAUCUCAAUUUUGACCCAACCUUAACCUAACCAGGGUCACGCUGGGUGGGUCAGCUUUCCCUAAUACACCACACGUGUGGCCAAUUUGGAGUCAGAUGUAGGCACAGAGAGAGAAAGAGAGAGAGAGAGAGAGAGAGAGCCCCUUCUAGCCCUGCUGGGUAUGUUUCUCUGUUCCACUUGGUCCAAUAUAAAAGCCCCUAGCAAGCAAAGCGUAACUAAGCCAAACCCAAAAAUCAGAAUUUGCAGAGCCCUCAGAUUUAGUAACAAACACACACACAGAAAGAUAGAGAGAGAGAGAGAGAGAGAGAGAGAGAGAGAGAGAGAGACAAAUAUAGAGAUAGAGAGAGAGAGGAACAAAUGCCUGGGAGUUUAGAGCCGUUGGAUUUGGGGGUGCAGAUACCAUACCACUUCAGGUGCCCCAUAUCGCUAGAGCUCAUGCGCGACCCCGUUACGGUCAGCACCGGGCAGACCUACGACCGCCCCAGCAUCGAGUCGUGGGUCGCCACGGGCAACACCACCUGCCCCGUCACGCGGGCCCCGCUCUCCGACUUCACUCUCAUCCCCAACCACACCCUACGCCGCCUUAUCCAGGAUUGGUGCGUCGCCAACCGCUCUUUCGGCGUCGAGCGCAUUCCCACUCCCAAACAGCCAGCUGACCCGACCCACAUCCGCCAUCUCCUCACCCAAUCGGCGUCCAAUUCCAACCCGUACCCGACCAGGCUCUCCGCCCUUCGCCGCCUACGUGGCCUCGCCCGCGACCUCGACAAGAACCGCUCCACCAUCUCCUCCCAGAACUCCCGCGAAAUCCUCGUUCAGCUCGUGUUCGCCGAUACCGGCUCGGAAUCUUCCGAGUUGACUCACGAGGCGCUCGCGCUUCUCGUUCUGUUCCCGCUCCCAGAGUCCGACUGCGCAGCGGUGGCGUCGGACCCGGACCGGGUAGCGUACCUGGCCCAGCUUGUUCAGCACUCGUCGAUGGAGGUCCGAGUCAACUCGGCCGCGUUGAUCGAGAACGUCCUGGCCGGGUCGCGGACGGCGGAGCUACGAGCUGAGAUUAGCAAUGUCGACGAAAUCCACCAAGGCGUCGUUUCGAUUCUCCGCAACCCAAUCGCGUAUCCCCGCGCGCUCAAAAUCGGAAUCAAGGCGCUCUUCGCCUUGUGCCUGGUGAAGCAGACCCGAAACAAGGCCGUAUCGGCCGGAGCGCCUGAAACGCUCAUCAACACCUUGGCCGACUUCGAGAAAUGCGACUCGGAGCGAGCGCUGGCGACGAUCGAGCUGCUCUGCAGAGUCCCCGACGGUUGCACGGCGUUUGCUGCUCACGCGCUGACGGUGCCGCUGUUGGUGAAGACGAUACUGAAGAUCUCGGACCGGGCGACGGAGUACGCUGCCGGAGCUCUGCUGUCGCUGUGCUCGGCGUCGGAGAAGAGCCAAAACGACGCCGUGGCGGCGGGCGUGUUGACGCAGCUGUUGCUGCUGGUGCAGAGUGAUUGUACGGACCGGGCCAAGCGGAAGGCCCAGCUGCUGCUGAAGCUUCUUCGGGAUUCGUGGCCCGAGGAUUCAGUUGGGAAUUCUGAUGAUUUUGUUUGCAGCGAGCUCGUAGUACCAUUUUGAAUUUCCACUUUUUUGUUUUCUUCUUCAUUAAUUUUCUUAAUCUCAAUUUUUUCAGAUUGUCAUUAGAGAAAAAAAGAAAAGAAAGGGAAGUGAAAAAAAAAAAAGAGAGAUGAAAAUUGGGAUUGUAGAUUAUUGGUAUAUAAAGAAAUUGUAAUUUUUGUGUAUUUUUGUAUGUAAGGAUUUUUGCUUAGAUGAUUAAACGAAGUUGCAAAAGCAUAGAGAAACGUUUAGAUA